ACAAUCAAUAAUCUUAGUUGCUUUGAUAAUAUCGAUAGGCUCAUAUCAAGUUGUUUUGUUUGAGUGAUGGUUAAAUUUUAUUAUCAAUAUUUAAAUUAUAUCAAGAAAAAUUACCACAUAACCAAAGACUUCCAGCUCACGUUAACCUGUCAUGGAAUCAAGUACAGAAGAUUUAGACGAAAGUAUGGUGGACAUAAUAGGACGUGCAGAAGCCUUCCUAUCGGCAUACUCCAACAUUUUGAAUCAUAAUACAGAAUCUCAAUACAAUACAUCAAGUGAUCUCUUCGAGUCUUCUGCAGAAAACGUAUCAUAUACCACGGCCGAAAGCACGUCAUGCCCCAAUUCUGGUUCAACUUUUGAUGAAAACAUUUCUAGUACAGAAAGGGAUCAACCUACUAACAGUCCAUUGUCAGUUGUACCUGUUAACCAGGCAGUACCGGGACAAAUUGAAGUUCUAAGCGAUGACACUGACAACGACUCAAACGGUACAGUGUCGUAUGAAGUUGAAUUACCCGAAGCCGUCCAAUACUCACCAACACGAAACAAUGCAGAAACCGAUGAUUGUAUUGUUGUAUCUCAAGAUGUCCCUAUGAUUGACUUGAGCUCGUCUGCGUAUGGAGAGGAUCUAGAAGUACAUUCCAGACAAAGCCGCAGACGUCGCAGAAGAUUAGGCUCGUCAGUCCCCGUUGUUGAACUAAUUACUCUAGAUGAUUCCAUGGUUGAUCUACCUGUCUCAACACAGAUACCAAAUGCGAAUUUGGGUUUAAAUAGUAACGCAAUCCCUCCACCAACAAAACGAAUAACUACCUCAGAAAUGGAUUUGAAUGUAUCUCAAUCUUCCGAUGUUGGAGGAUUGCCAUGCUCCGUUAAUUGUCCAAUCUGUUUUGAACCAAUCUUCAAGAAAGGUGCUUCUUCGACCAUUUGCGGUCACCUAUUUUGCCAUUCUUGCAUCAACCACGAGAUCCAGCUUCGGAAAAAAUGCCCGCUGUGCAAGCGUAAAUUGAUGCGGUCGCAGGUCCAUCGUGUUUAUUUUAAUUGAAUAAUUCUUUUAGUGACCAACUUUGUAAUAACUUUGUUUAAUGCUAAAAAUACUAGUUUUAAAUAUGAUGUGCGAUUUGUA